AUGGCCUCAUCAGUCAAGCACUUUUGUACAAUUUGCCAUGAUGAUGGAACCUCCAACAGAGCUGUCACCUGGUGCACAGAAUGCGAGGUUUUGUUUUGUGAAGACUGUGAAAAACCUCACAGCAAGUCAAGACUGUCUAAGAACCAUAAAAUUAUGUCAUCUGAAGAUUACCACCAGUUACCUACAUUCAUGCAAGAAAUAAGCAGUCAGUGCAGAGACCACAAGAAGACAUUUGAACUUUAUUGUUCUUUCCAUGCCUGUCCAUGCUGUGUCCAGUGCAUCACCGAACACCAGAAAUGUCAAGACCUUAAACCCUUGUCUGAUAUCCUAAAGCAAGUAAAAUCAUCUGCCUCAGUUCAUCUUUUUGAAAAAGAUUUGAAGGAUGUAAAGGAAAACUUAGAUACAACCAUAAAAUACAUAAAAACCAGGAUCAGUACCAUCAAUACUCAAAAAACGAAAGCCGUCGGGGAAAUCCGGUAUAUGAAGAAGUCAAUCAAUGAUUACUUAAACAAUCUAGAGCGAGACAUACUUAAUGAAUUAGAGUCUAAACAUUCUAAGCUAAAAUUAGACAUGGCCUCUCUUUUGCAGCAAAUGGAACAACGAGCAAGUGAGGUAAAUCAAAUGCAGAGCCAGUUUACCAAAAUGAAGCAAUAUGCAACAGAGCUGCAGAUGUAUAUUGGUCUAAGAGAAAUUGAGAAAUCUACAUCACAAAUGGCAAAAUAUAUAGAAGAUUUAGAAAGUGGAGACAAUUUCAUUGAAAAGAAUCUAGAGGUUAACAUUUCAUCUGCUCUUCAAUCAAUUUUACGUGAUGUCAAAUCCUUUGGAGAUAUCAAUAUCAAUACCACCUCUUUUACCCUCCAAAUAAAGGCUGGAAGAAAAAAUCAAGCCCAGAAUCUAAUUUCAAAAGUUCCUGGAAUUGAAGAAAUAAAGCCAUCCUUGUGUACAAGACUGACAAUUCCAAAAGAAAUGAAGACUUUAGAUAUAUAUGCCUGUCGUAUAUUACCUGAUGGUAAAUUCAUUAUACUUGAUAACAACAAAAGACAACUACUGCUGUUCAGUAAUGAUGGCAUCUUCAUCAGAAUAGUAGUUACAUUCUCACAACAUCCAUCUGAUACCUGCUUUGUCAGAAACAUUACAGUCGCUGUUGCAUUAGGAUCAGCCAAACAGACAACAUUGGUGGAUAUAGAAAAGAAUAAAAUUAUUGAAAAAAUCAAACUUUCUCAUGGUUGUUAUGCACUAGCAAGUGAUUGUGAAACUUUGGUCAUCAGUAGUAAUUUGAGACAGAGUACAAGAGUGAAUCUGAAUGACAUGUCUCAUACAAUCUUAGAAGGAAUGGAAGGAGUGGUACGUAUUUCAUUAUUCCAAGGAAAUAUCUAUGGAACCAUUCCCUCUAAAAACAAAGUCUGCUGCUUUAAAAGUACAGGUGAACCUCUGUGGACAUUGGACAUUGGCCGUCCAGGAGGAAUUACAUUAGACAUAAAUGGCUUUGUUUAUAUAGCUUCUUAUAAAAACAGCAGUAUCGUGGUAGUAUCACCAGAUGGUAAAACCUGUAAGACCAUACUAUCAGAGGCUGAUGGAAUCGAAUAUCCUCAAGGAAUAGACAUAAACAAAGAAACAGGAAUGAUGACAGUGCCUACCAAAAUAAGGGAAGAUAGUGCAGACUAUGAAACAGCUUUUGUUUAUAAGAUUUAAAAUUUGAUUUUAUAUUUUGAAUACAAGUAUAUCUCAUAUCAAGCUCAUUAAAUCUUUCUUUUUUCAA